AUGUUGUGGUCUACUCUCCUCCUCGCGGUCACCUCUUUCUACACAUGUUGUUAUGGUCAGUAUGUUCUGAAUCAACCUUCUGAAAUGACGGCAAAACCGGGAGAGACUGUUAAAUUAACAUGUUCAGGGGAGAAUCUUUCUAGCAAGUAUUAUGUUCACUGGUUUCAACAAAAAAGUGGCAGUGCCCCUCGUCCUCUUAUUUAUAAAGAUAAGGAAAAGGCAACAGGAACACCAGACCGCUUCUCUGGAGACAAUUCUAAUGAUGUGGCCACUCUGACCAUCUCUGGAGUUCUUGUUGAAGAUGAGGCUGAUUAUCACUGUUAUAUAGGGGAUAGUACUGCAGGCUGGCGCACAGUGUUACACACCAACAGACAAGUAGUACAAUAA